CGUGGACCACCAUCAGUAGUGCAUCUUCUUCUUCUUGGUGCUCUUUUCCACGUGCACACACAACAAGCAGCGCCGACCAUAAAGCAGAAGACGCAACGACCGCAGUAGCCAUGAAGUGCGCUCCUCUCAUCCUAGCUCUGUGCAUUGCCACAGCAGCGGCCCAGAGAGGCUAUGACUAUCCCAAGCCCAGCCAAGGCUUUACCACGGGCAACAAACCCCAGCAGCAGUCCAGUGGCGCCAACCAGCAGACCCAAAGCAACGGCCAGCGUCCCCAGCGUCCUACCACCUCUUUUGUGAGCAACGACUUCACCCAGCAACAACAGACCACCAGGCCCCAGCAGAACCAGCAGGGUGGUUACCAGCAAUCGACUGGACAGAACAACCGUCCUCAGGGCUUCCAGCAGCAGAACCAACAGGUUUACAACAACAACAACCAGAAUGUUGGCACCAACGGCUACCAGUACCAGAGGCCACCAAACACCACCCCUUUCGUUUCCAACGAUGAAUUUGGAGGCGAUACCACCACCAACACACCCUUCGGAACUACUUUUGGAUCGUCAUUCAACCAGGGCAGCUCGCAGUCUGCUGGUAAUUUGGGAACCAUCAAUGUGCCCUCUGGACCUUCUUCCACUGGUGCCUUCGCUGGAACCGGACCGUCUGGCCCCACUUCUGGAACCUUCAACAGCGGUUCUACCUCUGGAUCUUCUGGAAUCAGACCUGUCAUUGGCAGCAACAAUGCCGGUACUACAUCUACUGGAUCUUCCAGCUUUGGUCCCUCAUCAGGUGGAUCUAACAACUUUGGACCCGCAACCGGUGGCUCUAGCAAUUUCGGGCCUUCAACUGGAGGUUCUUCCAACCUUGGGCCUUCGACUGGUGGCUCUAGCAACUUUGGUCCCACCACUGGUGGCUCUAGCAACUUUGGUCCCUCCACUGGUGGCUCUAGCAACUUUGGACCUUCCACUGGAGGUUCCAACAACUUUGGACCUUCAACUGGUGGCUCCAGCAGCUUUGGUCCUUCAACCGGUGGCUCCAGCAACUUUGGCCCUUCAUCUGGUGGCGUAUCUUCUUCUGGUAACGAUGAUGGUAGCUACGAAGGUGGUGACUACUCCGCUAUCCCCGGCAACCCUGACACCGACUACCCUAUUUUGACCUCCAUCCCUGCCACGUCCUUCAAGUGUGCGGAUCAGCAGUGGCCUGGAUACUACGCUGACGUUGAAACUCGCUGCCAGGUGUUCCACGUCUGCGCCAACAACCGUACCUUUGACUUCCUGUGCCCCAAUGGAACCAUCUUCCAUCAGGGUUAUCUUGUUUGCGUGUGGUGGAGCGACUUUGACUGCAGCACUGCCCCCAGCCUGUUCGGAAACAACGCCAACAUCUACGAUUACUCUCAGGACGGUAGCCAGUCGGCCAAUCAAAACAACCAGGGCGGUUCUUCUCAGUCGGGCCCUAGCCAGGGUGGCUUCAGCCAAACCGGACCAACCCAAGGAGGAUCUUCCCUCACCGGCCCCAGCCAGGGAAGCUUCAGUCAGACGGGACCUAGCCAAGGAUCGUUUGGGCAGUCCGGACCUAGCCAGGGAGGAUUCAUUCAGACCGGCCCUAGCCAGGGUGGAUCAAACCUUGCAGGACCAUCUCAGGGAAGCUUCAGCCAAACUGGACCUACCCAAGGAGGAUCUUCCCUUACUGGCCCUAGCCAGGGAAGCUUCAGCCAGACUGGGCCCAGCCAGGGUGGCAACCAAGGUUCCUUCCCUGGACAGGGUGUUGGAAACGGUGGCAACUUCCCAGGCCAGGGAGCUGGAAACGGAGGAAGCUUCCCCGGACAGGGAUCAAGGCCGAACCAACAAGGAUCGAGACCAAACAACCAGGGCAACAACCAGAACUUCAACCAGGGAGAUGAUCCCGUCACCGCUCCCAACCGUGAAUAUCUGCCACCCUACUAAAGAAGCUCCAGCCCAGGGCCGCGAUCUUCAAGUUUUAUUUAAUUUCUGCCAAGUACGCGGCUCUGCUCGCUCGCAAAUUUGACUGAGCCAUUCCCGCUGAGAAUUUUCACAAGCUCAAAUACAACAGAAGUUACCCAGUGUGAUUUUUUUAUAACAUAUAAAGAAGAAGUUACCAUUUUUUGUACCGAUGUAAAUUUUAAGAAAAGCGGAUUAGUAAUAGUGGUCCUGUUUUAUGGCAUUUUUAACACUUUUUUAAUUUUUUGCAUCAUGUAUUGUACAGAAAAGCACUUUCCACCAAAUUAUUUAUAAUAUAACAACAAGUGCCUGAACAUUUUGGCAAGACUUUGCCAAGCUUUGUGUUUUGAAGUGAAACAAUAAAGCAUUAUGCACGUGAAAACGAUA